AUGGCGCUCAAAAGAAAACGACAUCAGCCACCGGCAAACCUUGAGCCACAGCCCUUUCCAGAAAUCUUGCAGCAUGCGGACCGACAACGAGAAGCUGGUCUCUAUGACUUGCUCGGGAGCGAAGAUGUCGAGGAGCGCAUAGCCGCGGCGAAUUGUAUUCUCAGGAGCCUGUUUGAACAUGGCGACGGGAACGGAAACCCAUGGCUACCCUUUGAAAAGGUAUUGGGCAUCUUCAAAGAUAAGACGAAAUCAGGUGGAAACGUCUCCGGCCAAGAAGAGCGCGAUGCUGCCUUUGGUCGACUCUUUGGUCUGGAAUGCUUUGUGAGGUCGAACACACUCUUCCAGGCAUCUGAGCGAUGGCAGCCUGUUCUGGACAUGCUCAUGGAGCUGGCAACGCAAAAGGUGUGGCUCCGACCUGCUUGCGGCCUGGUUGUUGCGGACGCAAUAAAGCAGAUGGGUCAAGAAGAGGCAACGAGGACACUGAAGAGGUUCGCCGAUGCUGGGCUUGGGCGCACGCCGGAAGGCGUGGCACUCUGGCUAGUGGCGCUCUCUCGAUUCCCUGAGAUUCACUUGAAACCCUGGACACAUCAUCCUCUGGCCACGCAGUCGCUGGGUCAUCUUGGUCAGGUCCUCAGGGAAAGCUUCAAGAACACCCCCGAAGAAGAUGCCGAGGGACAGGUUGGUCUGAAGCAAGCGAACUGGACUGCGCAGUCGCACUUUGUUUGGGACCACAUCAUCGCUCACUACAAGAGGUCGGAAGUCGGAGCUGAGGAUUUCCAGGAGUUCUGUGGUCGUGUUGUAGACGAUGCAUUGUUUUCCAAGAAAGCAACAGACGGGCAAAAGUUCAAGGGCUUCAACGUGUUUUUGAAAUUGCUUCAAAGUUUUGCAGAACUGCCAGCGAAACUCGGCUGCCUGUUCGGAAAGAACUUCAUGGCAUGUCUCAUGAACCAGGCAGCCAAGGAGGACAGGUUCCUCCAUCGCGCAGCUGUGAAGGCUCUGAAAGCCCUAGAGGAUGUUGAGUGCUUGACGGUCGUCAGGCAACCUCUCGCCAAGCUUGGUAGACUUCCCAAGCCGCAAGGGCAGGCCAUCGUUCGGUCAUACAUCGACUAUCUUGCCAAAUUGCUCAACUCAUCAGGAGGUGAUUCGACAGGGGGUCAAGAGACAGGUGCCGCAUUGGCUGAACUGGCUACCAUUGCCUAUUCACAACCGAGCAAUAUCCCCGCAGAGCUCUUGACAGAUUCAAUCAAGGAAAACUGCAGAUCAAGACUCGAGACAGCCAUCAGCAAGCUGAUCCGUCGAAGCAAGGACUUCACCACGUUUUGCAACGCAGUCCUGUCAAUAGACAGCGCGGCCAUUGAGAUGGCGCCCGAGAUCCGCACCGCUGUCGAUGAUGCCUUGGCUCGCAUGAAGAAGCUCAUGAAACGCAAGACCAAGACGGAAGGGGAGAAGACCUCGGCUCUGAGCCUUGCAAUGCUCCAUGCUGUCUCCAUACUGCGGUUGUACAACGAAGAUCCCGACGCAAUGGAAACAUUGCAAGACCUCGAACAAAUCGCCGAGCGGUCCAAAAAGGGCAAGAAAGAUGAGGACGACGAGGGCAGCACGGAGAUUCUUGUUGAGGUCUUGUUGUCCAUGGUUUCACGACCGUCCAAACUCAUGCGUGAAGUCUCGCAGCAGAUUUUCGGCGCGUUCACAUCACAGAUGACGACGGAAGCACUUGAGCUGUUGACUGGACCCUUAAGGACCAGUGAAAGCACAAAGGGUCAGAAGGAGCUUUUCGACACAGCUGAGGAUGGCGACGAGGUCGUGGACGGUUUUGACGAAGAAGAGGACGACGUCGAGGAAAUACAGGGCAUUGAGCUGAACUCGGACGGCGAGAUUGAUUCGGACGUUGAGUUCGUUGACUUGAAAGCCGAUGGGGCCGACGCCGACAGUGACGAGGAUGACUCCGACGCUGAUGACUCCGACUCCGACUUCGACUCCGACGACGAUAAAGACAGCGAUAAGAAGCAAAGGCCGAUGGACAUUGAUGAUUUCGACAAACUUGUGGGUGAUAUCCUCAAGAGCCACCGACUCGACAAAGACGUAGAUGCCGCUUCCUCGGACGACGAUCAGGACAUGUCUGAUUCCGAGAUGCUUGCCAUGGACGACAAAUUGGGCGAAGUCUUCAAGCAACAAGCGAAGAGUAAGCCCGACUCGAAGCAACAGAAACGAGACGCAAAGGCUGCCGUUGUCAAUCUCAAGAACCGAAUUUUGGACCUGCUCGAAAUCUUCAUCAAGAACGAGUCCCUCAACCCUCUGGCAUUCUCUGUUCUGGUCCCUUUGCUGAGUCUUAUGCGCACAACUGGUGUCAAACCGCUGGCGUCUCGCGCGAGUGCUAUUAUAGUUGACUACCAGAAGCGCAUGAAGAAGGCUCGCAACAACAAGGAGGUGAAACAGUCUGGCCUCACCGCCGACGUGAUCUUCCCCUAUCUGGCAGAGGUUCACGAGGAAGCGCGACAAGGCGGCGAUUCACACGAGUAUAGCAAGACAGCUAGUGCGGCGAGCUUGCUGUUGGCUGUGACGAUGCAUGUGCUGGACAAGUCAUCCGAAGAGAAGGUCAAUGAUCUCUACAGCCAGACUUUUGCAGCAAAGAAGGGGCUGCAACUUGCAUUCUUUGCGGACUGGGAGAAUUGGAGGAAGAAUCGUGUGUAA